AUGGGCAACUCGAAUUCCACCACCCUGCCGAUCGAGUCGUGCAUACAGAGCGUCUGCAACGGACGACUGGACUGCUACCAUGUUCCGACGAGCAACCUGGACACGUCGUGGACCAAGCUGUACAAUCUCGAUCUUCCGCGGUAUCCCAAUAUCAUCGUUCGGCCAAGCAACACGACUGAGGUCUCUGCCGCUGUGAAGUGCGCGCAUGUUAAUGGGUACAAGGUCCAGGCUCGUUCUGGCGGACACUCUUAUGGUUUCCAGAUGGAUAACACCACUUGGCAAGCGAGCAUUGGAUCAGGCUUCAGACUGGGUGGACUCGACAAGCUGCUGCAUGCCAAUGGCGGCCGGGCUAUUGCUCAUGGAACAUGCCCUGGCGUCGGAGUCGGAGGGCACGCAACUGUGGGAGGACUUGGGCCCAUGUCGAGAAUGUGGGGAGCCGCGCUCGAUCACAUACUCGAGGUCGAGGUUGUUACGGCAAAUGGAACCGUGGUGCGGGCAAACGAAGGGCAGCAUCCAGAUCUGUUCUGGGCCAUCCGGGGUGCCGGAGCCAGCUUCGGCAUCGUGACGGAAUUCGUCCUCAAGACGCACCCGGAGCCCGGCAGCGUUGUCGAGUACACCUACAGCUUCAGCUUUGGCGAGCAGAAGGACAUGGCGCCGGUCUUUCAGCAGUGGCAGGAGCUGGUCUACGACCCGAACCUCGAUCGACGAUUCUCGACGCUAUUCAUCGCAGAGCCCUUAGGUGCUCUCAUCACCGGCACCUUCUAUGGCACCGAGGAAGAGUUUGACAAGACGGGCAUCGCGAAGAGAAUCCCCGUCGGCGGAGACGUAAAGCUGGCUCUAGUGGACUGGCUGGGUAGCUUGGCCCAUAUUGCCGAGACGACCGGUUUGUACCUGAGUGAUCUCGCUACACCGUUCGCCAGCAAAUCGUUGGCGUUUGAUAAGAACGACAAGCUGGGCAAAGAGUCCAUCGACGAGCUCUUCACUUACAUGGACGACACGGACCCUGGAACCCUGCUGUGGUUCAUCAUCUUCAACUCCGAGGGCGGCGCCAUGGCCGACACUGCAUAUAACGCAACCGCAUACCCGCACCGCGACGCCAUCAUGAUGUACCAGUCCUACGCCAUCGGCAUUCCGCAGCUGAGCCAGGGCACGAGGGAAUUCGUCUCCGGCGUUCACGACAGGAUCAAGAAGGCGGCGCCGCAGGCGAACACGACGUAUGCUGGAUACGUGGAUGUGUCGUUGAGCAGAGAGGAGGCCGAGUGGACGUACUGGGGCGACAAGGUGCCAAGGCUGCAGGAGAUUAAGAAGCUGUACGACGCGAACAAUGUGUUUUUGAACCCUCAGAGCGUCGAUUUGCCAUGA